UGGCUUGGCGGGUAGGUGGGUUGCCGGAGUUUGUCACAAAUCCAAACGACUGGGAGGAAGACAUCUCUCGCUUGAUGCCAUGUCUGGAGGGAGAAGAGCUGCCGGCCCGUCACUUAGGCGCGUCCCGUAGAUGCGUCCGCACUAACGAGCCUAUAUUGUGAUGCGGUCUGCGGCCCUUUUCCCUCCGACGCGGUGUCGGCUCCUCCCCUUUAAGGAACCGGGGCGGGACCGUGCUUGCUGCAGAAACCUGCCCUUUAAGAGCGGUCUCCCUUUUCUCGCUGCCGUCGUGGCCGGUGCUGGAACUCAGCUCCGCAGUCGCCGCCGGCCACCAGAGGAGCCUCGGCCUCGCCAUGGUGUCCUGGAUCAUCUCCCGGCUGGUGGUGCUGGUUUUUGGCACUUUGUACCCUGCAUAUUCUUCUUACAAAGCUGUGAAGACGAAAAAUGUGAAGGAAUACGUCAAGUGGAUGAUGUACUGGAUUGUGUUUGCCUUCUUCACCACAGCAGAGACACUCACAGAUAUCAUUCUCUCUUGGAAAUCGACGAGUAUAUCAGCCAGGCCCGUGACAAGAGUUAUGAAACUAUGAUGCGAGUUGGCAAGCGAGGAUUAAAUUUGGCAGCCAAUGCAGCAGUUACUGCAGCUGCAAAGGGCCAGGGAGUUUUGUCUGAAAAGCUACGGAGUUUCAGCAUGCAGGAUCUGACUUUGAUUCGCGAUGAAGACACCGUGCAUUUGCGGAGUCCUGAGCCACGUAUGCGUCCCUCUACUACUGGCCUUCUUGAAACUGUUGAUGAUUCAGGUGCUUCCUGUUAUUCCUCAGGAGAGGAAGUAUCUGCUUCACAGAGACAUAAUGGGAGCCAGUCUGAUGCCAGAACAGAUCCAUCAGAUGAUGAUACAGGAGACAAAAUUCCCAAACGGACCCAGAGCCUUAAAGCUCCUAAGAAAAUUACAAAGACUGAGCCCCCACAAAAGACAGUGAAAGCUCGUCCUAAGAAGAAAGCUGCAGGCUCCAGUGCUACUGGCGAGUCAGCCUAAGGACACCCCAGGCUGUUUGUCCCAGGGCUCUUCUAUCACUCUGAGGAGCACUCUCGAAGGAAAGGGAGCUGAGAUCAUGUACAUAACAGCUGCUGCUUUGUAGAGCUCAUUCCAAGGCGAGAGGGUGACUGAAAUUUGGCACACAGAUCAGAGGAUGGCCAUCCUCAGGAAUUAUUUACUCUUCAUCUUUGUGAUGGAGAGAAUGCUAAUCUGUCUGUAAAUAGCCUGUCGCUUUGGGGUUCCCUCUCUGUGUAACCCUAAUUGGGAAACUCUUUGCUGGAACAACUCUUUAAUUAGGGUUAGAGCCAUCUUCGGCAGAGAGGCUGGGGGGGGGAAAUUCAAGACUGGUGCCACUGAAAUUCCAAUUGGAGAUGGGGAGCUCCCCAGAAUAUUUCAGCAUUUCACAGGAUGUCAUGCUGUAGCUGCUGUGGGGAAUUGUUAGGAAGUGCCUGAAGCGAAGUGAUUGAUAUUGAAAACUGUGUCAUCCAGACUUGUUUUGGCAAGAGAAAGAGACAGAAGUGGUGGUUUGUUUCGUGCUUUGCGACACGGGCAAUGCUUCAUGUGGUGACAGAGGGAGUGGGUCAAGGGUGGGGGUUUUUUGGUGUGGGACUGCAGAUGUUGGGGGGAGGGGCUGAAGGUGAAACGGCCAAGUGGCUGGCUUUUCUAUUAGUGACUGGUAUUUGUUUCUAGCAGCCUCUUUUUCUUAGGUGGAAGCUCUGCAGAAGAUAGAACUGUUUGCAUGUCCUUUUCAAGUAGAGUAAUGGUAGAGAAGACGGUGAAGAAGCCAUUCAGUGGCCAAGGGUGCCAUAUCAGUAUCUCUUCAAAGAGUUGGAAUCAUGAAUAGCCACUGCCUAGCAAACAAACCUUUUGGCCCCACCUUCAGAGUUGCCUUUAUACUUUAGAUUUUUCAGGUCAAUCUGCUUUCUAUAAGGAUUAUUUGAUAAAGGCAUGUGUGUAGAAGAAGUUGGAGGAUAGUUAAAUGGUAUCUACAUUUCUGCAGUGUACUUAAUUAUGCUUUAUUUGCACUGAGAAUAUAAGGUUGGAGCUUGAUGCAGCUUGUCAAAUAGGCAAAAAGUAGCAACCCAUCCAGGAGUCUUUCUGAGUGCCAUCUUGUAAUAUGGGAAAGACAAGGACAUUCCUAAUGAUUCCAUUAGUGGACAAUGGAUAAGGUUACUCAGAUCUCAGGAACUACCCCUUUUCUAACACUACUGUCCACUAUCACUCCCUGCUAACUCUGAUUGCUUUUUAGAGGCAAUAUAAUUUGGUGUUUGAGACCACCCGGUAUUUUGUGAUAAUUGCAGUGAUAUCUGUGUAGAACUCCAAGCAAAUAGGCAAAUAAAUCCCAAACAAUAUUUCACUUCCAGCCAGCCUAACAUAGCCAAAUAUGACUAAGCACAUCUAGAUGCUACAAUACUACCUCAUUGUAGUAUUCAGAUGUUGUGGAUACUACAUUUUUGUAUCCACUACAAAAUCCCUGUAGUGAAGGGAUUUUGAGGCAGUUAGUAUACUGAUUCAUCCUGCUGUUCCCUAGGCUAGCCCUAAUAAUAAAUUCUCCAUCUUCUGAACAUGUGCCAAAGCCAUUAGCCUUUUUAGAACUGGAACAGUACAAGAGAUAUGGCCACUAAAGGAACCAAGUUUCAGUAACCCUCACUUGACUGUACUACAGGCUUUUUCUCCAGGUUCUGGAAGUGGGAGGUAAUGUGGGAGCACCACAAAAUGGCCAUGCAGUUACUUUACUCCAACAUUAAACCCAGAUAUUUCAGUGCAUACUAACAUUUAGUGCUUUCUAAAGAUGUUUGCUCAGAAGUUAAGCUCCACUGAGCUCAACAGGACUUACUUCCUAGUAAGUGUACUUUAGGAUUGCACCUUUAGCUAACUCUCUUGUUUGUAUACUAACAGAACAGAAAGGACCUAUUGUUAAGACUACAUGAGCAUUUCUAUUGAAGAUUUUGUCUUAAUUCUCUUGUAAAUCAGUUACAUGUUUGUGCUUUGGUGCUGCACUUCGGUCUUAGACACCUGGCAGUCCAGCCUCUGUAAGAACAGAGAAUAUGAUUCACAACAUUUUUGCCAUUCCGUUUUUUGCAGCAGCUGUUUAAUACCAAUGAAUUGACAAAUGAUUGAAGAUAUUUUGUCUUCUUUAAAAGAUGUGGACCCUAAAUCUCAGAAAAUUGGCUUUGGUUUUCCAAGUGUGAGAACAUAAAAACAUAUUGUGGCUGACAUCCAGACUAACAAAGUGUUGGUUCAAUGUAGCAUGUGCUACAGGGGAGGGGCAAUUUUUGUCCAUCUCCCCUUCCUUCUGUAGCUGGCUGUCACUCCUAAAAUGUCCCUGAGAGCUAUGUGACCCUCAGGGACAUAUUUUUGGGAGUCAGAGUUAGCUACGGAGGGAAGGGAAGACUGAUGAAAAUUGAUACUCAGUAUCACUGCACAUACGCUUUGUUAGAUUGGAUUUUGGCCUGUGUUUUCUAUAUAGUUGAUGGCUCUCUUCUAGUACGCGAUUAGCCUUGAGCGGUUCUGUUUGAACAGUGGGGCUUAUAUAUGAAGGUUUCACUUUAUGAUGUAUGGAAUAUGAAUGAGAAAAGUGCAUUUGGAUGAUGGCUUGGCUAAAAAUGAGGCCUUUGGGCUUCUACAGUAUUAGAGAGGGAUGACCAUUUUCCCAACAGAGCCACUAUCAGUGCUUUAUACAUUACUCUGUGUUGUGAUUUUUGCUUGUACAGAUUGUCUCAUAUUUUUCACAAGCAUAUAUGAUACUUCCCAGGAUCCCUUUGUGAAGCAAUGAUUUUGCAUAUGAUUUGAUGGACUGGGAUCAGGCUUAGCAACCUUAGCCUAUAUGAAGACACAAUUUUUCAGCAGUGGUCAGCAACAAUGCUUUCUAGGAUAUGCUAGCCCCCAGAGGAGGCAUGUUGCAGUAUAACUCCCCUCCACACAUCAUACCUGUUCUAAACAGUACCAGAACUUAAGCAUAUCACAAACAGCAUUUGCUUUUCAUUUUUAAAUUAGCCUAGUCUGAAUGUGCUUGUAAUUUAAAUGGAUGUCCACAUUCUUGUUGUCAGGUUGCAAAAAUGGGUGGAGGAGUUUUGUCAAUCACUCGACAGGCCCCUGUGUAUGGCUGCAGAGCUGUAUUCUGCUUGAUUGGUCUUGUUAUGCACCUGUCUUAGGAGAUGUGACAUCUAAUGGGUCAUCUUCUCAAUUGUAUAAUAUGGUAGUUUCCUAGGUCCAUUUUCUUUGCUGUUCUGUGAAACAUGGGAGGAGCUAUAGUGAUUUUAAGAAAGUGAUGAAUGCACUGCUGCUACGCCUUUUUCAGACCUGCAUACCAUUUUUAAUGGCAUAAUAGCAGGCUCUACUGUGUUUCCACUUUCUGUCUUUCCCUCUGAUCUAGCAUUAUUCUGUAGAGUAGGCAGGAUUGCCACUAUUGAAACUCUCUCAGUGCUUGAAGUUAACCCACCCUGUGUGGACUCAGCUGCCCUUCUUAAAAACCCAUUCAGGGGGUGAUGCACAGUUACAAAUUCAGUAAAGUCACAUUGUAAUGAAAGUUUUAAACCUUGAGACAAUCAUGGGACAGCUGGAAUAAGUAUAUAAAUAACGCGGUAAUCUGAAUUCAUCCUUUUAAGGAAAAAAAAUUACUUUGUCCUGCUCCUCUAACUUAUUGGGAAAUUUAAAGAAGAAUUCAAAAUUGACUUUUAGUUUGCUAGCUCCAACUAAGUGGAAACAUCACUGGAUCACUUUAGGCAGCUUCAUUGGAAUACAAAGAAUUUCUGGUGCUUCAGGGGGUGGCGACAAUACACUGGCCUUCCUCCAUACCUACCAGAGCCUUAUUCUAUGGAUGUGUGUGGGAAAAUAAGAUUAGAAGGGCCAGAGAGAAAGAAAAUACAUGCAACUAGCAGAGUACUGUAGUGUGACCGUUGUGUUAUAGCCAGGUAUUGUCAAAUAUUUAUUGGAGAAUUAGGUGCCCAACAUGAUUCAAUUCUUCAGGGGCAUUAGAAAGUCUGUUUAAAAAAAAAAAAAAAAACCUUUUCAUCCCAAAAAUCUAUUGCUCUUCCCCAUUCCAGGCAAAAGAGUGCCUUCUGACGUAGAGUGAAGUAUUUCCUGUUGCUACACGGACAGCUAUUCUGGUUUAUUUCCUCCUUAUGUUAUAGCUGUGCUGAACACAACAUUUAGGACCUUUUGGGAAUGUUGUUCUUGCACCAGAACAGCAGCUCAUAUUGUCUUUGUUUUAGUAUCUGAUGAGGUACAGAAGGAAGAAGGUGUUCAUGUUCUGUUGAGCCAACUUAUGUUGAUAUAAGCAAAUGCAUGUCUUAAAGGUCUCACAGAAUGUUUAAUCUGAGAGCCAUUUUCUUACUGACAAAUCAUUCCUCUUCCACUAUUAAGACAUACAUAGAUCCUGUGCUGCAGUUCUUGCUCUGCUUCCUUUAACCAGGAUUGUUGAAGUCCAAGCUGCUUUAGUACUUGCAUUCUCGAAACUCUGCUGUGUAAAGGGUGCAGUGCUACUUUCAUCCUUUUACAAAGAUUCAAAUUAUUUGUUUGAAUUUGCGUGGCAGAGCAAAAGCAAAGCAAGCAAGAUAGUUCAUUAUGUCGCAUGCCAGCCCUUUUCCUUAUUUGCUGUAACAGGCAACACUAGAAAUGACAAGACGACGAUACUGUAGCCAAUACUUGCUAUUGCCUGCUAGAGAAACAGCAAGAAGUCAGCAAGAAAAGGGGAAAACUGGGUGAAUCAAACUUGUUCAAAACUCUUAGACCAGUUGGCUGGUAAUUUAGGCCCCUAACCUGAUCGUUUCAUAAGAGCCAUCAGCCACUUCAAUCAAGUCUUCAAAUAUCAAAAGUAUUGGCUGAAUACGGACAAUAGAAUUUCACAAAACAUGAGACUGCAUUAUAGAACCAUCAUUGCCUGCAAUCAACACACAUUGGGGCUCUUUCUCUCUCUGUACUGCCACUGUCUUUUAUCAAACUGGUUUUGCAGAUUAUGUAGUGUUCCAAAGGGGAGCCAAAGCUGUCUCCCAAUACAGCUAACACUGCUGCAGUAGAUGUGCACAUUUUGAUGUGGCAUUUCUUGAGUAAAGUUCAUUAUAUGUAACUCACAUUCAUAUUCUCUCAUAUAUGCAUGGAGCAGUUUUGGAAAUGGUGUUAAUUAUUUUUAACAAUUUAAGUUUGUGGAAGGAUAGAUGCUUAGAGAAUAUGAGUGCAGGCUACUUUCCUUUCAGCAAUUCAAGAACAUUUUUCUUCUUUUAAAAAUAAGUUACUUUCAAGAGUGAUAUUGACUAGACAGAAGCUGCUUGUGAUCUGAUCUUGUAGUCAGUUUUUCAGGUACCUUGACAAGUAUGGGGCACUGCUACAAUUAGAUUAGGGCAGAAAUUAAUAAGCAGGCCUCCCCCUUCUCAGCAGGAUCUCUUCCGUUAUCAAGCUACCAGUAUUAGAGUGGAGCUAGUUCCACAGCAGUGUUAAAGGGGAGGCUAUGGCUGUUGCUCCAGAGAAAUAACCAUUUGUACACAGCAACUGUCUGCAUUUGUGAGAAGGGGAAGAGAGUCUUGACUUCUAUUCAAGGCAGGAUAGGACAGGGAACUGCAAGUUGCUAGAAGAGGUCUUCCCACAGGAUUUAUGUGACUAAACUGAGAAAAGGCAAGGGGAUUUCCAAGGAGAUGUGACAAACAGGUUAUUCUCAGGAUCAGUUUAGACUCAGAGGGUGAGUCAGCUACACAAACUAAUAGAAACAUAUGUCACUAGGCAGCCUGAGUUAAGCCUUAGCCUACUCUCCUCGAGAGAGAUGUUCUUACGCUAUCUUGCCAACAGAGGUCAGCUGCUGCACACCUAAGCUUACAAUGCUUUGCAGUUGAAUUGGCAAUGAAAAGCUCCUUGCAAGCUCCUCUGCCACAUUCCAUUGGUACUAUGUAUGUCUGCUACUCAUGCUGACCCUGCCUGUUGAGAGCUCUUGUUUAGAAAGCUGUUUGCCCUUGAUGCUGUGCAAUUCUUUAUCCCCAUUGCACUGGCAGCUGGUGCUUUUGGACUUAGAUUGUUGCCUAUGUCUUUCAUUUUGUGUUGAGCUCCUCAGGAUAGUGCUCUGAACAGCCCAAACUACUUUACAAUGCCCAUAAUGAUUGUCCCAGGAUAUCUUCCUUCCCCAUGUUCUAUCUCACUAGGAUUUCUUUUGAAACAUAUCCAUCCACCCACCCACCCACACCUGCACCCGAACCCAUCAGAGGAUGCUGGCAACUGGAUACCUCCUGAAAAGGAAGAUUUGCACCUCAGUCCCUAAGAAAACCCAUGUCCUGUUGCCUCACAGGAAAAAUCAUUAAUCUCCUAUGGAGAGAACAUACAGUUCUCUUUUAUUGCUGUAUAUGAAGAUGCUGUAUCAUGAACAAGAAUGUUCCUUUUCUUUUUUGGAAACACUACAUUCUCUUCAUUCUCUCUUAAGUGUCAGUUGGGUGUCUGUUACCAGCAUAAGUGUUCCAGGGGCUCUCUUCUCAUUCACGCACCAGUGUUACUUUUUGAACUUUUAGUAGGAGUGUACUAGUCUUUCACAGUCCCGUGGUGACUGAUGGAAUGUCUAUGUUAAAGCAUCUUGUAUGAUUUUACUCUACCAGAAAAAUAUGUUUAUAAUUUUGUUCAUAGCUGAGCCUUUUAUAGAGCUGUAACCCAAUAAGUAGUAUUUAAAAUAAUAAUAUAUUUGGGAACAGUUAACUUGCAAAGUUACUUGAGUGAUGUUACACUUUAUGUACUAAUCGAAAUCAUAUCACAUGGGAGGGGGGAGACUGACACCAAAUGUACUAAAAGUUUGUUUGAAGGCCCUAGAAUGUACUUGAAUCAAUCAAUCAGCCUCUGCACUGCAUCUCACUAAUUAGAUCAUUACUAGAUUCUGUGUCUCUUCCUAUUCCACAACCUGAGCAGGCCUUGAAUUUCCCCCUUCCUGAACAGAAUUAUCACAGCUGUGGAGAGGUCGCAGUGGCCCGACCAAACGAUUGGGACCAGUGGGACCAAACAUGUAGUGGGAUUUCAGAGGAGGAACAAUAGUUUACAGCAGCCACCUGAGACUGUGAAAUCGACUUUUCCUGGAAACUCUCUGGGCCAGAAUGAUGAACUUUGACAUUAGAACUUUGAGUUUCUGAGGAUGACCGUUAUUUGAACAAAUGUAUGUAGCAAAGUCCAGUAUCAAAGCUGCUACCAUUCUGUUUGCAAUGACAAAUUGGAAAUAUGGAAUGUAGACAAAAUAUAUAUUGGCCUCUGUCUCUUCAAUAUUGUACUGUUAAACAUGAAUGUGUCCCCAUUCACGGAAGGGCUGAUCAUAACCAGUUUACUUUCCUCAAUUGCUGUAUUGCUUAGUUGUUGUAGCAUUUGAGUCUCCUUUUUUCUUCUCUUUUUAAAAAAGAGGCUGCUUCCAUACUGGAAAUAUGCCAAAGAAAAGUUUGUACAAAACAAGUAAUCAACAUUGAUCUAAAAAUUAGGCGGCCCUUUUACACUGAAAGUGCAGAUACAUGUUGCAGCUUGCUGAAGCUAUCUUUUCAUACAAAGUUAUUCAUGCAACCCUCAUUAAAAAUUCUGGCAAACGCUC